AUGUCGACACCUGAAGAAUUAUUGAGCCGUGCAGAGAAAAAAGGACAACCAACCACUGGGUUUUUGAAGUGGUUUUCUGGUGACCAAUCAUACAAGUAUGAAGAAGCCUCAGACCUUUGCAUCCAGGCAGCCAACAUAUACAAAUUGCAGAAAAACUUGAAACUAGCAGGCGACAGUUUUGUCAAAGCAGCUGUGUUCCAGUUGAAGGCAGGGAAUGAAGACGAUGCAGGGAACAUCUAUAUAGACUCGUACAAGAGUUACAAGUCCAGUGGGGACUCUUUGUUGGCCAUUGAAUCUCUAAAAGAAGCUGUGGAUCUUUUCACGAAAAGAGGCCAAUUUAGAAGAUCUGCGAACUUUAAGUUUGAAUUGGGGGAAAUGUAUGAAACUGAUUUGAACGACUACCCAAAUGCGAUUGGUGAGUACGAACUGGCUGGGGAAUGGUACGAACAAGACCAGGCAGUGGCAUUGGCCAACAAGUCGUGGUUGAAAUGCGCGGACCUUAUGGCGUUGAGUGGGGAUUACAUUAAGGCGAGUGAUAAAUACUCCAAACUGAUAAGCAACUCCAUUGGCAACAAGAUGUCGCAAUGGUCAUUGAAGGAUUACUAUUUGAAGAAAGCGAUAUGCCAACUAGCAGCCACAGAUUCGGUGGCUGCUGCAAGGACGUUGAAUGAGGCCAUGAACGAGGAUCCAAACUUCAAUGGGUCUCGUGAAUGCCAGUUAUUGGGCGAUAUCAUCGAAGCAUACAACGAAAGAGAUUCAGAAAAGUUAAGUUCUGUGGCAUUUGAGUAUGACAAAUUCUCUAAAUUGGAUAAAUGGAAAACUACGAUGCUGUUAAAGGUUAAGGAAAAUAUAUCAGAAGAUGAGGAUGAUCUAUUGUGA